UUAUCUACAUCCUCUGUGGAGAGGUGAGUUUGAUCAGCACUCUGAUUUGGAAAUGUGGAAUUUCCACUUAUUGAUGAGGAAGCUUUGUUUGCAUGGGAUUAGGGUUUCCCCCAUAACCUGACCAUAAAACAGACACACGGAGAACUGUCAACUGCCUAUCCAUGCCCUUUUGUCUCUACGUCUGUCUGCAAAGCGCUUCGAAUUUAAUAUAAUCGUUCAUCAUCAUCAUGAUCAUCCAUAGGCAGCGUCUCUUUGAUUUUGGUACAUACAUUGUCAUACUUUCCAUGAGAUCAUUCCUUAACUCUGCACUGGCUCUGAAAGGUAGUUGUGUGGUUGUGGGUCCAGAAAUCCCGGAAUAUCAAGUUCAAGGCGAGGCGGUUAUCAUCAGAUUCCCAUUUCUUGAAGAUGCAAUUAAUUACAGGAAAUUACAAGUGGACAACAGCUCAACAUUCCACAUUGAUCACAUCAACCUGAGGAACCAGAGCAACCUGAAGAGCUGCCGGGAUCGGGUGAAGCAGAGUGGGCGUGGCGUCCAGCUCCUUCCAUCUCAUCCGUCAGACUCUGGAACAUUCACCUACACUUUAAGGAGCAACACGUUCUGUCUCACUGGGAGUAUUUCUGUAACGGUCUAUGAGGCAGAGGAGCCAAACACGAUGAUGACCUACAAUGCACGUGUAGGAGAAGAUACAAAAAUUAAUUGUCCUCAUUUGAGAUAUUUCAAAAGGAAAGAAAAUCUUAUGUGGUACAAGGAUUUUCAGAGCACAGCGCUCCCUGUUGGCAGAGGACAAUAUACAAUAGAGAGAGGCAUAAUUCUGUCCAUCAAAAACAUGUCUGUGAAAGAUCAGGGCUUCUACACUUGUAGGCUAAAUGUGAUAUUCAACAAUACCCGAUACAAUGUGAGCAGGACCUGGAGAGUUCAAGUGUCAGCCCCAGUAUCAGAAAGUGCCGCACCAGAAGUUGUCACCUCUAACAAUCUCAAUGCUUUCACAUCAUCAGGUUAUUCAUUCCCCUAUAUUGUCUUUCCUGUGAAUGGAUCCUUCAUUGAAAGUCAUUUUGGCUCACGUUUGGCGAUCAGCUGCGUGGUGCGUGUUGGAAACCAGUCAGCUCAGUCCACAGAUGUGACGUGGCUGGUUAAUGGCCAGCCAGUUGAAAACUCUCACCUGGGGGCACGUGCAUUUCUGACAGAUAAAAGUAUCACAGGCAACCAUCUUGAGGUGCAGCUGGUUAUCCUUGAGCUUCAGCAAGAGGACAAUUGGACAGAAUUGAAGUGCAUAUGUCAAAACCAAGACCAGAAACAGGAAGUUGUCACUCAAAUUAAACUAGAAGACUCAGAGCCUUUGUGGAUGGUGAUAGCUGCUAUAUCCUCCUGUUUUAUACUCGUGGUGUGUGUUUUCUUGUAUCAUUUGUGCCAAAAGCCAAAGAAACGAGGGGACUACAUUCAGGCACAACAGGACAGCACCAUUUGAAGAUGGCUGCCUCCAGGGAUGGGCAGUAUUUAUGAUACAUGUAUUUCAAAUACAAAAUAGUAUUUUGUAAUUUGUAUUUGAUAGGGUUGAUGAAAAUGGCUUCAUAUUUUGUAUCAAAAUACUUUAGUGUUUUGUAUUUUUGUAGUUUUAAAAUACUGUAAAAUACUUUGUAAGAAGUCUACAUGAUGACAUCAUAAUAAUGUGGCCUCUGAUUGGUGCUUACUCAGUGGUUUGCCCAGACUUGUUGAGAUCAGAACAGAACAUUGAUCCAUAUGGAAGAAGGUGGUCAAGAAACUUGCAGGCUGACAGCUUUCCAUAAAUUUUUGCAUAAAUUGCUGCAAUUUUCAACAGUUCAUGUUAAGUUUUGGUGUUCGUUUUGGUAGCCAGGCUAAAUAGUUUACCAAUUUACAUAAUGUUCUUGAAAACUAUUAUACCGAGCAGCAGCCCCCUAUAUUUAUGAUUAACAAUCAAUUGAUUAAUUAGUUAGAUACUAGUUGCAAUGAACACAGGUGCCAUCAGUUGUCUUCUUAAAAAGACUUGUUUGUCAUUGAGUCAGUGUUGCUGAUGCAAAGUAGGCCCUUUGUUACCAAACUUCAAGUAACUAAAUUAAGAUACAAUUAUGAGUCAUUUGCAAACAUUAAACUGUUGGUUACUUUAAAACUAACCUUCAUCUGGGAGAUCACAGGGAUAUGUGAAUAUUUGAUCUGUUAAAGCCACAAUAUGCAAAUUUUCUCCGCUAGAGAUUGCUCAUUCAAAUCAAAGGCGUAGUUCGAUGACACCUUGAUUUCACAGAAUCAUGGGAGGUGUUGUCUUCACGUCUACAGAAGAAUCGGAACGGGAUUUAUGCAGAAAUCAUGUUCAUGGAUGAGAUUAUUAACGUUACUGUAAGCAGAGCAUGGGGGAGCAGUAACGAGGCCACUGGAGCGAUUGCUAAUGAGAGACGAGCGCGACAUGUCUCGACAGCAGCGGAUCUUUUAUUAUGCUGCAGUCGCCGCUUCUGCUUCUUCCGGUCAUGUGCACGUAGGGUAAAGCAGCGCUGUUUAUCAUAUUAGAUACAUUUGUGUGUUGAAAGUUGUUAUAAUGCUACUCUGUGCGUUCACUCAGCGGCUGCUAUGAGACACUUGUUGCACACUGAAGUAAGCUAGAUCGAUAUUAGUCAUGGUAAAACAUGGUACUCGCUGUAAAUCUAGAAAACAAGAUUCAAACAGAAAGACUUAGGGCCAGAUUUACUAACAGCUUGUGGCAGCGCAAACCCUCUUUUGGCAUUAAAAAACUACUGUCGGGAUUUACUAAAGACACGCAGUGUAAAAUUAGAGCUGAAAAGGCGUGGACUGAGUUAUUUUUGCGGCUGACCUUAUUGCAUAUGCAUUUGUAGGAGUUUCCCUUUCAGAUGCAAAAUUUAUGGGAGGAGAGUAUUUAAAUGAAUCAUGCUAUGCAAUUUACUAAUGUUUAAGCUAGUCAAUUUACUGGUAUUUGCACCAUUAUUUAACACCCUAAAAAAGCCUAAAUGCCUUAACCCAUUUUGCGACAUGGCUGCAAUUGUUGCUGUUAGGAGGAGACACCGCAGAGAACAGAGAGCGCGUGGUAGAAGGAAGAUUAUUAAUUUCUUUGAAAUGCCAGAGUAAGACGUUAUCCGAACAUAUUGUUUGCCUAUAGGGCAACAUAGCUUGGUAAAUGAUAUUAUAUGUGUACGUGUUUGUCAGAUUGCGUGUUAAGUUGUGCCUGUGUCGACCCGCACCUGAUGAGAGCAUCAGCAUCAGCUCUGUUUAUUUGCGACCCAACGCUAAUUUGCACUGCUCUUGGUAGAUUGCGUUAGUCAUUAUGUAAAUGAUAUGUCUGUGUUUGUGAUCUUUAAUUUGCGUGUCAGCAGUAGAUCACGUGCAAAACUUGCCACUCCCAUCGACGUAUUUGUGGAAUUGUGCUCUCACGCUAAUUUGCCCCGUUUAGUAAAUCUGGCCCUUGAUGUGUUAAGCUUUAUAACAUGAUGAGUUUUCUGUCGAUGAAUGUAUCCAAACAGUUGCUCAUCUGUCUAAUAAAACACAUAAUAUACAGUACUAAAGUGUCUUUGAUGUUUCCAUGGUUUCGAGAAAAAAUAAAACGGAAAUCGAGGGUAAUGAUGCCAUUGAUAGGCGACACACGGACACGGUCUGUGUCCUGAUUAAAAUUGCUUAUUUCUCUGGAUUUAAACAUUCUUGGAAACGUGGGAUAAUGUAAGUACACAAGUCAACAAAAUAUAUAACACUGUUCUAGUGGUUUUUAGAUAUUUUAAUCUAAAAAUCCUACAUAUUGUGCCUUUAACUGGUUUCAUAUGUCAGAUUUAGUGCAUGACUCGGGCAGAGAAAAGCUGAGUCAGUGUAAUGGUGAAGGAAUAGAUCAAAUGGGCCAAUUGAUGGAAAGUUUGCGAAGAAAUUUCAUGUUCCCUUGUAAAAGUAUUUUUUAGUAUUUUUAAAAUACAAAAAUACAGUAGUUUAUUUUGAUACAUGGUGUGGCUGCUGUAUUCUGUAGUUUAUUUUGAUACACUUAAAAUUAAGGUAUUUGGUAUUUUAUUUUAAAAUAAAUUUUGAUGUAUUUUUGCCCGGCCCUGGCUACCUCCUCACAUCUUUAACAAUGCAAAUAUUUUUGUCAUGUUUUACAUACACCCUCCUGUGUCUUUAGUUCUUGUUUGGUCUUGUCCUGUAUACACAUUGGUAAGACUUGGUUCCUUGUUUUCUUACAAAUAGCUUUUAAAUAAAUCUGCACUUAAAUCCUUACAACCUCUACUUAAGCUAUCAUUGCAAAAUCUGUGAAGACUUUUUAUCUUCUUUUUUUUGUGUGAAAACACUAACUCAUGAAAAGCCAUAGAAUAAAAUAGAAAAUGAUUUCAUUUGACAUGUCAAUUCUUGGACAAUCAUUCUUUUCAGACAAAUUAAAAUAUUUCAGUCUUCCUUAGUUCAUUUAGCCUUGUUCAGAUUGUCAAUCCAAAUCUGAUUUUUGUGCAUAUUCUUCAACUGGAAUCCAAUCUUAUUUAACAA